AUCCCCAAACUUGUUAUAUAUUUGGAUAACUUCAUCAUCUGAUGGCAAAGAAAAACCAGCUGCGAAUGUCACCACCAGAAUCACGGGUGAAGAUUCCGUACCAGCUUCUUCGUCUUCUGUUCCCUGGCUAGACUAUUUUCUCUUCUUUCCUGUUCCAUUUUGCCCGAUGGUUAGAUCUGAAGUGUAUUCAUCAGAAGUGAAGAAAACUGAGGUUUUAAUGGAAAGUUUUCGUCGAGCUAUUGGUCUUCGUAUCAAGGAAAAUAAGGAAGUUUAUGAAGGAGAGGUGACUGAACUAUCUCCAGAAGAGAGUGAGAGCAUGACAGGUGGAUAUUGUAAAAGUAUUAGCCAUGUUAUAGUUGGGUUGAAAACUGUCAAAGGUACCAAACAAUUGAAGCUUGACCCCACAAUGUAUGAUGCCUUAAUUAAAGAGAAGUCUUCUCUGUUGAUAUCUCCUGUCUCCACGAUAUAUGUGCAAGUAGCUGUUGGUGAUGUCAUUUACAUUGAAUCAAACAGUGGAGCGGUUAAAAGAGUGGGCAGAAGUGAUGCUUUUGCCACAGAAUUUGAUCUUGAGGCAGAGGAGUAUGUUCCACUUCCUAAAGGAGAGGUUCACAAAAAGAAGGAGAUAGUCCAGGAUGUUACAUUACAUGAUCUUGAUGCUGCAAAUGCACAGCCACAAGGAGGACAAGAUAUAUUGUCCCUUAUGGGUCAAAUGAUGAAACCUAGGAAAACCGAGAUUACUGACAAAUUGCGGCAAGAGAUAAACAAGGUUGUCAAUCGUUAUGUUGACGAAAGUGUUGCAGAGCUUGUUCCUGGUGUCUUAUUUAUUGAUGAGGUUCAUAUGCUUGAUAUGGAAUGCUUUUCAUACUAGAAUCGUGCACUGGAGAGUUAAUUGUCUCCGAUUGUGAUUUUUGCCACUAACAGAGGCAUUUGUACUGUCAGAGGAACAGAUAUGACUAGUCCACAUGGCAUUCCAGUUGACUUGUUAGAUCGGUUGGUGAUUGUCAGAACCGAAACUUAUGGUCCAGCUGAAAUGAUACAGAUUCCCACCAGUUCGUUCAACUUUUCUUAUAUUAGCUAUAUACGUGCACAAGUGGAGGAACUAGAAAUAGAUGAAGAAAGCCUUGCUUACUUGGGC